UCUCUCACACCUUUAUAUUGUAUCCAUUACUUUCUUCUCCUCUCUCAUCUUUUCCCAACAAUUUCGUUUAUCUGUGUGUAUAUAUACUGUAUGUUGUAGCUCUGUUGCUAUAACUGCAAGAAGAAGAGACAGAUAUGAGUGAUAGUAAUAUUGAAUGCAUGGACAGCCUUGAAGAGAGAGUUUCUGUGUUUUUCGAUGAAUAUUCCGAGGAAUAUCCCGAUCGUUGCUUCGAAUAUGAUCAAUUCGAUGAUGGUGAUCAUCAUGAUCAGGAUUCGCAGGACCCGGAAGAGAGGAGGACCUUGUACUGGGAAUCCCAACAUUCCCUUCUUCAGGAGGUUUUAGAGCGAUAUAGCUCAACAGGAUCGAAGUUGAGGAAAGAGAUUAGCCGAACUACAGAUAUGGCGAGAGAGGCAGGGUCUUGCUAUUGUCAAAAGACAAAGAACGAAGGCUGCAACCACUGCUUGCGACGAACUGUCGUCGAUAUGCUUCGCGACCAAGGAAUCAAUGCCACUCUUUGUACAUCCAAAUGGAGGGACACCAAAAAGUUUCCGCGAGGUUCCCACGAAUAUAUCGAAGUGAUGGGUAGCACAUCAAGUGGAAAGAAAAAAAUCCCAUACAUAGUGGAAGUUGAAUUCCGAGACCAAUUCGAGAUUGCGAAGCCAUGCCAGGAGUAUCAGAAAAUCGUCCGCGAAUUGCCGGAGUAUUACCUAGGAAAACCUGACUACCUAUACGCCAUUGUCCGAAUUGUGUGCGACACAGCGAAGACGUCCAUGAAGGAGAGGAAAAUCCACAUGGGGCCUUGGCGAAAGACCAACUUCAUGCUCAUGAAGUGGUCAGCUAAUUCCAUAAUUGAUCAGAAGUUGAAGUUUACUGAAUCCUCCGAUAAGUUCCGGCCACUAUCACCGGCUAGAAAACUGUGUUCGCAGUUUUCCGCGGCUCUUCCGGCUGUCGUAGUUACAUAGAAGUAGAUUUUUGGUCUGAUUAGUAGAAAUUUGUAUUCAAAAUUUUGGCUCUCUUGUAGUAUCCGGCUUGAUAAAAAUAUUAUUAUUAUUAUGAGCAGAUUUUUGGCGGUUUAUGAAGAGAAUAU